AUGGCAGCGGCGCUUGUUCGGCGACAAGUGGACGAGCACAGCUGGCCGCCGCUGACUGGCCUGGCCGGGAUGCCCGCAGCGAGGGCGGGCUCCGUACUGUCACGUGGUGUAUGUGUCACGUGGAGAGCUUCCAGCGUGGGUGCGUCCGCGGGAGCUCUUGAAGAUGCGCCGGAGCAUGCUGUCCCCGGAGUCGAUGUCUGUUCCUGGCCUGUGCGCGCGUCAACGCCUGCCCCGACGACCUGUCUGCCGAGCACGUGGCCCGUCUGCAGCGGCCUACUCGAGCACUGCUCCGUCUCGCCGCCCAUGAUCGCCUCGUCGCCCUCGUCCGCCGCCGUGCAGGCCGCGGCAUGCUCGCCCUCGCGCUUCGCUGGCCGCUCGCACCACCAUGACUCCUCUGCCCAUCAUCCCCUUGCCCAGCCCUCGUCGUCCCCGCCCAUCGCCGGCGGUGCUGCUGCUGCUGCUGCCUUCAUCCCCCGUACCCCGUCCCGGUCGCGCCUCGCCCAGAGCGUCGAAGAGAUCCGGACGGCCUUGAAGCGACAUACCGUGGACGCUGCCUCGCAGUCUUCUCCCUGCGAGCCCUCGGGGGAUCAUCCUCGCGGCUCCAUGCCCGCUGGGCCCGGGUCCCUUGGGGGCGGAACCCGUCUGACGGAGAUCAACAACACCACCGCCGCUGCUACUGCUUCUGCUACCACCACCAACGACUCCAAGGCCUCUGUCAAGCCGCCAACAUCGUCCGGGGACAGCGGUGCCAAACGCCAGCUGUCGGACGACCAGGCCCAGCAUGUGCCUCCGCCGGACCCCACGCUGGUCGCCCUCGAACGGUCCCGGUCCAAACGGGCACGGCCUCCCCAGCCGGCCGUGAAGCUGCUGCCUCGACGCUACGAGCUGGUGCAUCCCAAUGACCUGGUCGUGCUGAUCUCGAGCAUGUUGAUGGAGCUCAUCCAGUACAACGACAAGAUCCCCCUGAAUGAGGGCCGGCUGACUCGGUUCCACUCGCGCACGCCGCCGCGCAUCUCUGUCCGUGACUAUCUCCAGCGCCUGACCACGCACGCGACCUUGUCGCCUCCGAUCCUCCUGAGCAUGGUCUACUACAUUGACCGACUGUGCGCGCUCUACCCGGCCUUUACCGUGUCCAGUCUCACCGUCCAUCGAUUCCUCAUCGCGAGUGCGACGGUAGCCAGCAAAGGUCUGAGCGACAGCUUUUGGACGAACAAGACGUAUGCUCGAGUGGGCGGGAUCAGUGUCGCCGAAUUGGCUCUGCUGGAGUUGGAGUUUCUGUGGCGGGUCGAGUGGAAGAUCGUGCCGCAGCCCGAAGUGCUGGUCGACUACUAUCUGAGCCUGGUGGAGCGGUGUGAAGGAUAUCAGCUGGAGCCAGAAGACACCGCGUCAGCUGGUCCGAAUGCGGUGCAACAACAGCCUGGUGGUGGCGCCAGGUGA